UCUUUAUAUCUCUUCGCUUUCUCCUCUACCCACUAAAUUUAUCAUCUCUCAUUCUCUCUCUCCCCACAAUUCUCGCCAACAAAAACCAACAAACAAAACUCCAUUCUCUCUAUAUAGACGAAUCUCGGAAUCUCCGGAGACAAAUAUUUUUUAAAAAAUAAUCAGAGAGAGAGACGAAGAAGAGAAGGAUCGAAGGAUUUAUAAUCUGGAUCGAAGAAGAUGUGUUGUGGACGGAUUUGCAUGCUGUGCACGUGUUUGCUUCUGGUGGUGAUCGCGAUUGGGUUUCUAUUUGGGUUCGGCGUCUUCAAGGAUGGAUUUCACAAGAUCCACGAAUCUGUUCAUCUCGACUGCGAUCCCAGAUUUGGUUGCGCCGGUGCUGUUGGACGUCGCGGUUACGGUUUCCCAGCCCCCCCUGCUCUUACCUAGCUAGCUCUACCUUCUCAUUUGGUUUUUGAAAAUUCCACAUUUGGGUAUAGCGAUUCUUUAGGUUUUUUAAAAAAAUUUCCAUUGUUUUUUUUCUUAAGUUUCCCCAGUUUCUCACAUUGAUGUUUACUUGUGCAUUCGAAUGUUUCAUAAAAUUAGAGUUUUAGUUUUGACCUCCUUACUCAUGAUCAUGAUGA